AUGCGACCCGUAAUCGACUACAACGAAGUCAUGUUCCAUCGACUCGAAGCCGUCCACUCUCACCUGCAGGCUACACGUGGACCCAACGCAUCCACCGCCAACGGCGGUGCUCCCACCGCGCUCUUCAACCAAGGCGGAGCAAACCAGAACAACGACAUCAACGCCUACUCGGGCAGCAACAAGCAAAACAUCCUCGACCAGUACAAGAGCCUCGACGAGCUGCCGAGGCAGAUCAUGGCGAUCGUCACGCAGGAAGCCGAGAAGCACCACGAUGGUGUCCAUGUCAACUUGAUCGCCAGGAUGUUGAAGGGGGUGGAUGUGAGCGAGGUCAAGAGUGCGGUCGAGGAUUUGAGUUCCGAGGGGUAUCUGUAUACGGCUGCUGAUGACGAUCAUGUGCUGCCUACUGCGUGA